GUGGCUCCGCCACUGCCUUCUGCCUUACCAAAUUACCCCAUGUUGAAGAAAGCACGUCUAAACGUACAGCUCCAAAUCUCCAAAUUUGGCCAAAAACCCAUAAAAACUCAUUCUCUCAAAGAGGUUUGUAAGCAAGCAAGCCUUCAAGAAGCUUUUCAAACAUUAACUCGUUUAUUCACUGAACAAAAUUCACUUCCGUUUUGUCUGGAGGAGUCUUAUUCGUCAGUUCUUGAGCUCUGUGCAGCUAAGAAAGCUCUCUCACAUGGGCAACAAGUGCAUGCCCAUAUGAUAAAGUCUUAUGCUGUGUGUGACUCGGUGUUUUUGACUACUAGGCUUGUGUUCAUGUAUGGGAAAUGUGGCUCUCUUUCGAGUGCAGAGAAGAUGUUCGAUAAAAUGUCUCAUCGAACCAUUUUUACGUGGAAUGCUAUGAUUGGUGCUUAUGUUUCAAAUGGGGGACCUCUGAGAGCUCUUAAACUGUAUAGACAAAUGCGGGUCUCGGGAGUUCCACUUGACUCUUGCACUUUUCCUUCUGUGCUAAAAGCUUGUGGUGAACUUAAUAACAUCCGCUGCGGGACUGAAAUUCAUGGUCUAGCUAUCAAAUGUGGAUAUGAUUGUAUUGUAUUUGUUGUCAAUUCAAUUGUUGCGAUGUAUGCAAAGUGCGGUAAUCUUGAUGGGGCAAGGCAAUUAUUUGACAGUAUGACCGAAAAGGAUGAUAUUGUGUCCUGGAAUUGUAUAAUUUCGGCAUAUGCAGCAAAUGGACAAUCUGUAGAGGCAUUAGGACUUUUUAGAGAUAUGCAGAGCGUGGGUCUUGCUAUGAACACGUAUACUUUUGUUGCUACCCUUCAAGCCUGUGAGGAUUCAUUCUUUGUGAAACUUGGUAUGGAGAUCCAUGCUGCUAUUUUAAAAGCUAGUCAUGAUGUUGAUGUUUAUUUAGCUAAUGCUUUGAUUACUAUGUAUGCAAGAUGUGGUAAAAUGAAUGAAGCUGCAAGAAUUUUUUAUAAGAUGGAUUAUAAAGAUUAUAUAUCAUGGAAUGCUUUUCUCUCUGGUUUUGUCCAAAAUGGCCUAUAUGAAGAAGCUAUAAAGUUAUUCCAUGAUAUGCAGGAUGCUGAUAGAAAACCUGACCAGGUUUCAGUAUUAAAUGUUAUUGCAGCAUCUGGUCGAUUGGGGAAUUUAUCAAAGGGAAGGGAACUUCACGCUUAUGCAAUAAAACGUGGAUUUGAUUCUGAUUUGCAGAUUGGGAAUACAAUAAUUGAUAUGUACGCAAAGUGUGGCAAUGUGGCCUAUAUGGGUCAUGCUUUUGAUAGGAUGCUUGAUAAGGACUUCAUUUCUUGGACAACAAUAAUUGCUGGAUAUGCUCAGAGCAAAGCAUAUUCGAAGGCCUUAGAGUUUUUCUUGAAAGUGCAGAUGGAAGGGAUGGAUGUUGAUGCAAUGAUGAUUGCAAGUACCCUACUGGCUUGUGGUGGCCUAAAGAACAUUUCUUACCUUAAAGAAAUUCAUGGUUACAUUUUGAGGAGAGGUGUGUCUGAUCUUGAACUACAGAAUUCACUUAUUGCUGUCUAUGGGGAGUGCGAGAACAUUGUUUAUGCAAAACGAAUGUUUGAAUCCAUCAAAUUUAAAGAUGUUGUGUCUUGGACAAGCAUGAUUACUUGCUAUCUCCAUAAUGCAUUUGCAAAUGAGGCUCUUGAACUUGUCUACUUGAUGAAAGAAACUAAUGUUGAACCUGAUUCUAUAGCUCUAGUGAGCAUACUCUCAGGUGCUGCUAGUUUAUCUGCCUUGAAUAAAGGAAAAGAAAUUCAUGGAUUUCUGAUUAGGAAGGGCUUCAUCUUAGAGGGAUCGCUUGCAAACUCUCUUGUCGAUAUGUAUGCCCGCUGUGGAGAUCUAGAGAACUCUUAUAAGGUUUUCAAUUGUAUGAAACAAAAAAGUUUAGCUCUGUGGACAAGUAUGAUUAAUGCAAAUGGAAUGCAGGGCCGUGGCCAAGCAGCAAUCGAUUUAUUCAAUAGGAUGAAGGGUGAAAGCAUUAUUCCUGAUCAUAUUACCUUUUUGGUACUUCUUUAUGCAUGCAGUCAUUCAGGACUGAUCGAUGAAGGUAGAGAACUUCUGGAAGUUAUGCAAUAUGAUUAUCAUUUGGAGCCGUGGCCUGAGCAUUAUGCCUGUCUGGUUGAUCUUUUGGGGCGUGCCAAUUGCUUAGAAGAGGCAUACCGAUUCGUGGAAAGUAUGCAGAUUGAACCUACUGCUGAAGUUUGGUGUGCUCUCCUUGGGGCUUGCAGGGUUCACCCAAAUAAAGAAAUUGGACAAAUUGCAGCACAAAAGCUCUUAGAAUUGCAUCCAGAAAAUCCAGGAAAUUAUGUGUUGACAUUUGGUAAAACAUGCUAA